AUGGCUGUUGUUUUAAAUGCUAAAAAACUUACUUCAGAAAAUAUAGUGAAAAGUAAGAAAAAAGUUGGCAAGUUAGUGAAAGAUGAUCCUUCUAAAUUAAAGGAUAAGUAUAAUCAAGGCCUUAUCAGUAUUACUAACCAGGAAGGAAUGUUUGCUGCAUUGAAAGAUGGGAAUCUUGAAAAAUUAAAGGAUUAUCUCAAAAAAGGAGCAGACAUGAAUGCUAGAUCUAUUGAUGCAUCAACUGCAUUACAUUUUGCUGCUAUGGGAUCUAGUCUUGAGAUUACAAAAUUUGUCCUUAGUCAAAACUUAGAUCCAAAUAUUAAGGACAUUUAUGGUCGGAGCCCAGUACAUAUUGCUGCUGCAUAUGGAAGAACAAAUAUUGUUAAGUUUUUUGUAAAGGAAGUAGGUUUGCAGAUUGAUGAAGUCGAUAAUUAUGAUAAGACACCACUACACAUGGCAGCCGUAAAUGGUCACAAGGAUACUGUUGAAGUUUUAUUGAAAUAUGGAGCAGCUACUAUUGCUCUAGAUAUGGGUGGUCUUUCACCUGUUUAUUAUGCAAUAAGGAAUAAUCAUGUUGACGUUGCUAAAGUUUUAUUGGUAAAAGAUGCCAAUGUUGACAUUAAUGAGGCAAUGGGUGGCUUUACUCCAUUACAUGAAGCUGCAGAAAGUGGGCAUCUGGAGUUGGUUAAUUUUUUACUUCAAAAAAAGGCAAAUGUUGAUGCAAGAAACGACAGAGAUUGGACACCCUUACAUGCAGCAGCUUAUAAUGGAUAUUUGGAAAUAGUAGAGGCUCUAAUUCUGGAAGGGGCUAAUGUUAAUGCUUGUGUCAUAAAUGGUUGUACAUCUUUAUAUUAUGCAAUAGAAAUUGGUCAUGAAAAGAUAGUUAACAUUCUAUUAAAGCAUGGAGCUAACAUUGAAGCUGUUGACAAAACCUACAGGAACACACCUUUACACUUGGCAGCAAAAUAUGGACAUGAGGAAAUUGUUAAAUCUUUACUGAAAAAGAAGGCUAAUACCAGAGUUAUCAAUGUGACAGGUAUGACUCCAUUGCACCUUGCAGCACAGAGUGGUCAUCUUGGAAUAUCGAUAGCUCUCCUUGAACAUGGUGUUGAUAUUGAUGCACGAGAUAAAAAUAAUGCUACACCAUUAUACUAUGCAAUAGAAGGUGGUCAUAAGAAAGUUGCUGAAUUAUUAAUUGGAAAAAAGGCAGAUAUUAAUACAAGAGCUAAUGCUAAUUUCACACCAUUGCAUAUAGCUGCACUGAAAGCCCACAAAGAUAUCAUUGAACUCCUAAUAAGAAAUAAAGCUAGAGUCGAUGUACAAAACAUCAAAGGUGAAACACCACUACAUGCAGCUGCCUUAAACGGUAGCAGAGAUAUUGUGGAUCUCCUGAUAAAAAAUAAAGCUAAAGUUGAUGCUAGAACUUAUGAUGGUAUGGCACCACUGCAUUCUGCUGCACUAAAUGGCAAUGGAGAUGCUAUAAUAGUUCUUCUAGGAAAUAAGGCUGAAGUAAAUGCUAAAGCUAAACAUGGUCUUACACCAUUACAUGCAGCUGUGGUAGAAGGCCACAAAGAAGUAGUUAGCCUUUUAAUUAAAAAUGGAGCUGAAGUUGAUGUAGAAGGUGUUGCAGGUAGUACACCAUUACAUUUAGCUGUGGAAGCAGGUCAUAAAGAAAUAAUCAAGAUUCUGGCUGCAAACGGAGCCAAUGUUAAUGUUAAAAGUUUAAACUUAACACCAUUACUGUCUGCUAUUAAAUUCAAUGCCAAGGAAAUUGUUGAAGUCCUUAUAGAAAAUGGUGCAAAUAUUAAUGAAGAGGAUGGGAAACCUUUAUCAGUAGCAGUUUUUGCUGGUUAUAAAGAUAUUGUUGAAAUUUUGUUAAGAAACAAAGCUCAUGUUGAUAUAAAAUGUCCUGAUAACACUACACUAUUACAUAUUGCUGCUAAAAGAGGUCAUAAAGAUAUAGUUAAAAUUUUAAUAACAAACAGAGUUGAUGUUAAUGCAGCAACCCGAGAUAAUACAACUCCAUUAUAUUUUGCAGCACAAGAAGGUCAUGUCGACGUUGUUGAAGCUUUGAUUGUAAACGGAGCUAAUGUUAAUGCUGUAAAUGCUAAUGGUGCUGCGCUACAUGUAGCAGCAUUAUCUGGUCAUGAUGAGGUUGUUGAACUCUUGAUAAAUAAUGGAGCAAAAAUUAAUGUUAAGGACUACGAUAAUAGAACCCCUUUAGAAUUAGCAGUUUCAUAUGGUCAUUUAAAAGUGGUUGAAAUGAUACUGAAUAGCAAAAACGUAGACUUAAAUGCUAAAGGCAAUAGAGGCUAUACAAUACUGCACAUUGCUUCACAAGAAAGUAACUUUGAAAUGGUAAAAUAUUUAGUAGAGAAGGGUUGUGAUAUUAAUGCCAAAAAUGUUUCUGCUUCAAAACCUAUACAUAUUGCAGCUAGAGAAGGUUUCAAAGACGCUGUACAGUUUUUCCUCAGCAAAGGGUUAAGUGUUAAUGAGUUUGGUAAUGCUAAUCAGACAUUAUUGCACUAUGCUGCAAUGAAAGGUCGGCUAGAAGUCAUACAAUACUUGGCAGCACAAGGUGCUGAUGUUAAUGCUAAAGAUACCAGUGGCAUAACACCCAUGCAUCUUGCUGCUAUCUUUGGGUACAAAGAAGUUAUUGAAGUUUUAUUAAAAAAUGGUGCAGUUUAUAACACUGUUGACAUGCUGCAUAGAAGUCCAUUAGAAAUGACCAAGAACAAAGAUGUUAUCAAUUUAUUGCUUUCAACUCAAAAAUUAUUUGAGUCUGUAAAAUGUAAUAGCUCUUCUGAGGUUCAGAAUAACAUUGGAACUGGAGCAUUUGUUAAUGCAAAAAAUGCCAAAGGUGAAAUGCCAUUACACUAUGCUGCAUGGAAAGGGUAUGAUGGAGUGGUCAAGUGUCUGUUAGAGAAUAAAGCCAAUCCUAACGUGGUUGGUAGUAAAGGAUUUACUCCACUACAUUACGCUGCUAAGUUCUCACGUGUAAAAAUUAUAAAAGUUCUUCUGUCCCAUGGAGCUAUAUAUAAUGCUCUUUCUGAUAGUGGCAAAACACCAUCUGAUUUUGCUGUUGAUAGAGACCUAAUUGCUUUAUUUAAGUUAAUUGGUGAGUCAAUAAAAAAAGUCAAAAAUGAUGAUGUUCGAAUUAUUAAUGAGCUAAAUAAGAUAAAGGAUAUUGAUACAGUAAGAGCACUUAUGAGUGCUCGUACUAGGGAAAACAAAACAUUAAUAAUAAUUGCAAUGCAAAGUAACUUUUCAAAGGUUGAGCAGUUAAAAAUGAUUUUGCAAAGUGAUGCCGAAGGCCAGAUUAAUGAAGCGUCACAACUCUUGAAUCAAGGCAAUUAUCAAAGUGCUUUAAAAGUUUUUAGAAGUGUAUUUGAAAGAAGAAAAGAAAUACUUGGAUCAGAUAAUCCUGGCACAUUAGAUAUUCAGACACAUAUUGCUAGAAUACUGUGUGCACAAGGCACUUUCCAAGAAGCUUUGAGUAACUUUAAAGAGAUUUUUCAAAAACAGGAAGAAAUGCUGGGUGCCAAUGAUAAGGAUACCUUGAAUACAAGAAGUUUAAUUGCUUUUGUGCUGCAUAGACUGGGAAAAGAUGAAGAAGCUUUUAAUAUUUAUCAAGAAGUGUGUCCAAAGCAAAAGGAAGUAGCAGGGCCAAAUCAUUCAGAUACUUUAGAUUCACAAUUUCAUUUGGCAUUAGUAUUGGAUAAAUUAGGAAAAUACGAAGAGGCAUUAAAUAUCAAUAAAGAGGUGUAUGAGAAAAGAAAAGAAAUGUCAGGUGCAAGUGACCCAUCCACUUUGCGUGCUCGAAAUAACAUUGCAUUGGUACUUUCUAACCAGGGUAAAUAUGAAGAGGCAUUAAAAAUCUAUCAUGAAGUUCUUGCAAAGAAGAAGGUGGUAUUUGGCAUUAAUCAUGCUGAUACCUUGAGAACAUUACAUAACAUUGCUGGAAUACUUAGUAAUCAAAAAAAAUAUCAUGAAGCGUUGAAAGCUCAUCAAGAACUUUUAAGCAUCCAACAAACUGCUUUGGGAUUAUAUCACCCUGAUACAUUGAUGACCCAAUAUAACAUUGCAAAAACAUUUUUUGCUCAAGCAAAAUGGAUUGCUGCUCUUAAAGUCUACAAAGAAAUUUUCAAUCCAAUGGAAGCUAUUUUUGGAUCGUAUCAUCCAACUGUUUUGGAUAUUUCCAAUGAGAUAGAAAGUCUUAAUGUCAGGUUUAAGAUUGAGGGUCACAAAGAAUCGGAGAUUCUUCAGCAUCUGCAGAAAGACAUUAACAUUGCUAUUAGUAAUGGUGAUGUACAAACUGUUCAGCAUCUAUUAAAACACGGAGCCGAAGCCAAUGAGAAAGAUAUUGAUGGGAGAACACCAUUACAUUAUGCUGUUGACAACGGGCAGAUGCAUAUUGUAAAACUCUUGCUAAAAAAUGGAGCUGAUGUCACUGAAGUUACUAAUAAAGGCAAUACAUCAUUACACACUGCUACUUCAAAAGGUCAUAAAGAAAUCCUAGAGGUUCUGAUUAAACAUGUCAGCUCUGAUAAAUUAAAUGAUUUCCUUAAUGCUAAAACAACUUCUAAUGGUACUACAUCACUUCAUGUUGCUGCUAAAGGUGGUUACUACGAAAUAGUAAAAUCUUUGAUAAGACAUGGUGCAAUUUAUAAAAUCGAAAAUAGAGAAGGUAAAACCCCUAUCAAUGUUUCCAAGGAUCAGAAAAUCGUUCACUUUCUCCAAUUAGUUGAAGAAUUAUUUGAAGAUGCAAGAAAGGGUAAUUUUGAAAUUAUCAGCAAGUUGAGAGAAGUAGAUCAAGAUGAAAUUUUUACUCUAUUAAAUGCUCGCAAUAAUCAAGGACACACAGUAGUUCAAGUUGCUAUCGCUAAUGGUCACAGAAAUAUUGCAAGUAAAUUGUUCGAAAUUCUAAAAGAUCUGCAUCAAAAUUUGCAAAGUGUUCAAAAAAGUUUGAAACGUUGA